CUAUGUUAUAGUGUGUACAUUAAUAUUUGGAAGAUGUUAUGAUGGCGACACGUUCUUCCCGGGAACAGAAGUCAAAAAAUAACGUACGAAAAUGUUACGUGAAAAACGAGUGUCCCUUUGGAGUAAGUCGGGGCCCUGUGACAACGCAUAAACGUGAUUUUGCGGAGGUCGACAAUCACAGACAGCGAGCGCUGGUGGGAAAAGUGAAAGAUGCCUUUCGGACAAUUUCCUUUCGUUCAGAGCCAACAAUUGGCGAGGACGAUUUGGUUACCAGACGCAAUUCACUAACACCCAUCAGUUUUCGAGUUAACAGCAGAAAUAGUUACGCUUUGGAUGCCCAGAAACGCCAUGAACUUGUUCAGAGUCUCGUACCCAAAUGUUAUGAGCAUCUUCAGAAUUUUCACCACUAUCGAAACGAUAUGGAAAGAUUGAACUCGGGGUAUAAAGUUUUGUACCUCUCUGCGAAAAACGGAGAUAAAGUUGGAGAGGAGAAAGAAGUUCAAGGAGUUUAUGGUCAAGCUUCGGUGAAAACCGAAUGUUGGCCUCUAAGGCGAUGGAACGGCCUUGGUUCAAAUGCAAGAAAUUUGAAAACGCCUCGUAAACCUACAUCAACGGCGGUAGCUAUGGAGUCCAAAAAGGAUUCUGUACUCUCACCAAGACGUGAUGUUAACGUCUCUAAAACUAAGCAGUCUAACUUGAGUAGCGUGUUGAACUGUUCCGAAGCAAAAUUAAAAGCGAACGAUUCCAAAGGAGGUUCAGGAGAUUAUUCCAAACUGACUUUUGGCAAUGGAGUAGAGAGAUUGGCGCCUCGUGAAUGUGAGAGCCGUAGAGGGAGCGGUGAAGUGCCUUCUGUUAAGCUUGAGGAAGAUAUCAGCAUUGUUGAAUCGCCAGGUGUUCACCUCAUGCACAGCUCUGACAGUGCAGUUAGCGAUAUUUCACCACAUCCCCCCAUGACAACGCCGGAGCUUGACAUUUCUAGAAGAUCUUCCGUUCGCACUCUGGUUUUUGAAAGUCAAGAGGAACUUGAUGCAAACAGUGGAAAUAAUCCAUCGUCUGUGGAAAGAACUGCUCACAAAGAUUCGAAGCACAGCCCUCACUUUCUUGCCCCGUUUCAAUCCAGAUUUCCGCAUCUGAAAUGUUCCGAGUUGGCGAGUUCUCAAAACCGACAGAAGAGAAAUGUAACCGCUGUGAUUCCACCAUGGCAACAGUAUCGUAUUUUGUGUGACGCAUUUCGGCCUAAUCAACAGCAGAACUCGCGUUCGAACGGAUACAAAAAGCCCAAGUUUGCCACAACCACAGAGCUGGAAUAUUACAUCGAGAUUGUGUCUGAAACGAAUGAUAACUGCGGAUUGUAUUUCUAGAGGGUUUUUUGGAGAAGUUUUCAAUAAUUGUUCACAGGAACCUGUAUAGUUUAUAGUGUAUGUGAGUACAAAUAGACUUGUGUAAAAAGCGGAG